AUGACCAUCGAGACGACAUCUAGUCGAAUCGAACGAGGACCUGAAACAACUUCAGAACAGGCAAUCAUGCUCAGUCCUGAGAGAGAAAAUUCCAAGGCUAGCUUUUCCGGGGUCUCCGUGUAUCCACCCAAAAACCGCUCCGGAUCAGAGCCAGCUGCUGUUGAAAAUGCAAAUACAGCAGCACCUUCUGAAUAUGGGCCGUUAGAUGAAAUCUUGAAUCCAUCGGCUGGGCCAGAACACCUGAAGAUGGAUGUAACAAUCGGAACCACUAGGCUACUAGAUAACGAUUUUGAUAGUGCCCCAAAUACCUACACAGGUCCAACACUUCAACCGCUACUAAAACUUACCUCUCCCACUGAUAGCUCUUUGAACCAGGAACACUACAUUCGUGUCUGUAUUGAUACAAGACUGGAGAUGACAAUUAUUUCUUCGGAUUACGGUGCAACAGUACCAUGGCCGGAUUAUACUGUUACAUGGGAACUCUUUGGCAUUAAUUUUAUGCUCGAAGGGACUCAGAUAUGGCAUCGAGCUGAUCUUCCUACAAAAGGGGUCGAUGGAAUAUUUGGUAUAGGUUUUCUUCAGAGAUUCAACUAUAUGUCCUUCGUAUCCAUAUCGGAAGGAUAUAUUAUGCCAUCAAGAUUUUCACUCUACCCCCUACUCCCCUAUGAUUCAAGUGAUCAACGAACACUGAGAAUUUAUACGGAUAUUGCAGUGAUCGGUCUAGGAGAGGAGUCAUGGAGACCUAUCCUUGGUAUCGGCGUCUUCCUCGGGCCAGAAGUAUCUUUAAAUACAUGGAUUCCCUGUUUCGGUGACCACCUCCAAUUCUUUUCAAAGUCAGAGAGGGAUAGACGAGGGAUGUGUGAAUUAGUUACAUUUGAGACCUUUUUGGAAGUUAUUGAAUCCCUGAGAGGGAAGUCCAACAUAAAUCCAUUUGUUCGGGUUGAGCUCUAUACAAAUCAGGAGCCUCUUGUCACUUGGUGGAAGUCCAUAUCAGAUAGUCAAUUUAGCCCAGAAGGUGGGCCUUAUCCUAAGAGCUACAAACGAUUUAUACGCAUAAGAAAGCGGCUUGCCAUGGAUGUUGGUUCCCACGAAAAUGACUGUCUUGAUAUACUAUCUUACAAAGAUAGUAACCAUUCAAAUAGGGCUCAAAUACUACUCGGUUACGAACAAGCUAAAGCUCUUGCAGAACUGGCCAUAAAGAGUUCAAUGUCUCGAAAUGUGUCAAACCACGACUGUUACCUAAGAUGUCUUCCCUGUGGUCAUAUUUGGAUUCCCAAAGAAAUCAUGGACAUGACAAUGGAUAAAAUAUUAAUGGCCUGCCAGACACCCCACACAGAGGACGAUAAAGCUGGGUCAGUAGAGGCCAAUUCAUCCGAUGGAACUCCCACGCGGCGUAGUCCAGAAAUGUCCCACCUUAGCAGCUCAAGCGAUAAUCUUAGUUCGAAGGGACCGAAUGACGCGAAAUAUAUCAUGUCAAGUGCAAGGACUAGUCCAGAUAGAUUUAAGAAGGAAGGUUCAAAUGGUUUACCGUACUUCUCGAAAUUGACUGAUGGGAUUGAGAAUCGGCCGUUCCAUAACGGGGUACCUGAGUUUGGAGUAGAUCAGGUAACAGAUAUUGAUGAGCAACUUACGGGGAUAAUCUGUUCCAAUGGGACACAGGAGCCAAAGACCAAGAGAAUUGAAACUAUCUCUCAGGCUAAUUCUCAUGACUACCUCGAUGAAGUCUCACAGGAUACGUCUGGAAUAACAGGUCCUGUCGAAAUACUCAGGGAGUAUCAGACUAUUAAAGACAACCAGCAUUAUGGUCAGUUAGCUAUGACUCAUGCAAAUGAGAUAGUCCUAAAGGCCCAGGCUGAGGCAGACAGGAUUGUCUCACAAGCCAAGUUGAUGUGGGCCGAGGGGAUUGACUCCCAUAUCAUGGCUUCAGCCAUGGCGACCAAAACUCGCUUGGAUGCUGAAUCCGAUGCACAAAAUAUCUGGUUAAAAACACUGGGAGAAAUUCAAAACAUGAAAUCAAAAGCACUUCGGGAUAUUCGUUAUCGCGAGGAAGAUUUGAGAAAGAGGUUCAGGGUCGCAUGGCCAGAUCCUGACCUGGGGGCACCACAGUUGCAGCAAACCGGGCAUUAUAAUUAUUCUCCCAAGUUGAUUAUCGAUGAAGUAAACGGGAAGGCAAAAGAAAGUGUCAAAAGUGCCGAAAGAAUGAAAAAAGAUAUAUUAGAAAAGGCAGCUGAAACAGCAAGGCUCGCAGAAGAAGCAAAAAGUGGAGAGGUCUGUAAAGCUAUCACCAACGAGUCGCAAAAUAUUAGGUUGGUCAAGACGUACUUUGCCGAACAAGCUGGAAAAGUGAAAUUUGCCGGAGAAGCCCGGAAAAGCUCCGAGAAGAGGAUGGAUGAUCAUGAAUUGGAAAUAGAGACUGAGCAGCUCAUAAAGAAUAAGGCACAGAUACAGAUAGAGACUGAAGAAAUAUUGAAGAAAACAGAGGAGAGGAUUUCGGAAGCAAAGAAGGAAAACGAAGCAAUUUUAGAGAGUAAUAAAAGGAUGGAAAAAGAUAUAUUGGCGAAAGCAAUGGAAGUUAGGACGCGCUCCGAAGAUAUGACCAACGAAGCUAUCAAGAUGCAGGAACGUACAAUGGCUCAAGCCGAGAAAAUCAAGAAGGAUGGCGAAAAAAGCAAACUCCAGGGCCAAAAAAUCAUUGAGGAUGCUAAGGUGGAAGCCGAAAAGAUAAGAAAGGAGGCUUCUGUAAUUAUACAGCAAGCAAUAAAAAAGCGAGUUAACGAAAAGGAGAAAAGGGAAGCACAGAAAUUAAAGUAUGAUCAAGAGAUAGGGGAAUUCAAGAGGGUGUAUGAUAUGCGCCUCAUGGAGUUGCAAGAAAUCAUCAGGGUGCAAGGAAUAUUGAUUGAAAAACAAACCAGGGAUCUAGCAGCCAGGAAAACUGUUGCCGGAUUAAUACAGGAGAAAGCUGAGCUUGUGCAGAUCGACUCAGAAAAGGGGAAAAAAUACAAGGAGUUUAUAAAGGCGAAGAAAGAGGCUGAGAAUGCGGAGAAAGAGGCCGAGAAGGCGAAGAAAGAGAUUGAAAACCUGAAGAAGAUCGCCGAAAUUUUGGAGCAAGAUAUCGGGGCUAAGAAGGCAGAAACCGAGGAAGUAAAGAAAGAGGCUGUUACAGUGAAGGAAAGCGUUGAAAACGCACGGAAGGAAGCUGACUUGAUCAGGGCAAAAGCAAAAACGGAUGCGGCAAAUAUUACACAGCAAGCCCUAAAAGUGAAGAAAGAUGCUGAAGAUUCAAAGUCACGUGUGGUGGUAAUCAGUGAAAAAAUAAAGGCCGAGGCCAGAGAAGAGGCAUCAAAAAUCAAGGCACAUGCAGAUAAGAUCAUGCGAGAAGCGGAGGCAAAGAAACGGGAGGCGACAGAAGUGUCCAAAAAAAUCGUGAGCCAGGCUGAGGAGAAACGUCAGGUAAGUGAAGACGCUGGAAUUGCAUUUGCAAUAGCGAUGAAGAGCGAUCAAGAAGAGGCCUUGAGAGUUCAAGAAGAGGCAAACUCGAGGAAAAUAGCGGAAACAAAUAAACUCUGCGAAGAUAUGAAGAAGAAUAGUACAGAAAAGAUCAAGGAUGAAUAUAAAAAGAUUGAGGAAGAGCAGGAGAAGAUUGGAAAAGCGAGGAAGAAUUUACUCGAAGAGAUUGCCUCCCAAAAAAAGAAGGCAAAGGACGAAGCACGCAAACUACUGAAUAAGGCCAAUGAAGAGGCGAAUCAGAUUAUUGAGAACGCCACGAAAGCGCAAGACGAUUAUCCAAUUCGUGGCGAUGUCCUUGGUAGUGCCCUCCCUCUUACUCCUGAGAGCUUUUAUAAGAUGUUUUUAGAACCUAAGGAUUCAGAGGACGACGGACCGCUAUCUGCCGAAGAUUUUACAGAAAGAUUGGAAGCUGCUGAGGCAGAGAUUACUCUUGGUCAAAUCAUAAAUCACUGUCCCAAUGCAGCGAAGGCCUUCUUUAGGGAAUGUGAGCGGGAGGAGCGUUUCGUUCAUAGAAUUGAGCUCUAUAAGGAUGCCGUUGAUGAACGUUUGAAAUUCAAGAAAGGGGAGAGAAUAAUUCCAUUCACGAGAUAG